AUGACUGUCCGGUCAAAGGUCUUCUUGCCACUGCGCGCACGCGUCGUCACCCGGCCUUUCUCGGUCUCCCGUCCUCGCUGGGAGGCUGUGCCGCUGCCCGCGAAGAAGCCCGUUGGAGCUUUCCGUGGAGGAGUCUUCGGCUUCCUCUGCGGCGCUGUCGCGGCCGGCGCGUCCGUUUAUUACUAUGUGCUUGGAGACUACCGCAUCUCCAACGAAAUGCUGAACCAAGACAUUUCGGCCCUCCAAACUGCCACCAUGAAUCUCCAGUCGUACAUCUCCGAGCUGGAGGCAAAGGUUGACCAGCUGAAGAAGAAAUAG